CGAUAGACGGUGAAACAACACGUGCAUUCGUGUUUUGUAUUUGUGUUGUUUGCAUUUGAUUUCACAUUAAACUAAACCGCAAAAUGAGUGAAUCCGCACCAGAAACUGUGCCAGCCAAGAAGCCAGCGAAAGCCAAGAAGGCAGAAAAGCCGGAGAACAGCAUUCCACGCGGGCAACCCAAGUCGAACCGGCCGUGGAAGACGCCCAAAGAGAAAUUCAGCAAAAUCAAGAAGACCGUGAACCGACAGUCCUUUGAAAAGAAGACGGCUCUGCGCAAUGAGCUGCGUUACAUCAAGGAGCGCUCCAAGGAGAUCAAGGACAAGCGCAAGGAGGACGCCGUCCAAAAGCACCAGCGCCGCGUGGAGAACGCCGAGCGCCGCCUGGCGAACGAGCGCCGCUCGGAAGUCGUCCAGGUCAUCAAGAAUCCCGCCAAACUGAAGCGCAUGAAGAAGAAGCAGAUGCGCAUGAUCGAGAAGCGGGACGUCAGCCAGGUGAAGGUGGUCUGAGGUGGCUCCAUUAGAUUAACUUGUAUUUUUUGAUAAAUAAAUCUAGUUUUAAUGCCAA